UGCGGGGACAGGGGCAACUGGGAGGUGUCGGGGACGCCCGUCCUGCCCUACAUGCAGGGCCCCUGGUGCCCCCUUUGCACCGCCGGCCUUUCCGGAUGCUUCAAGUCCUGGGACCACAGCGGCGGGCUCUGCGAGGUGCCCAGGAACCCCUGUCACCUGAGCUGCAGGAACAAUGGGCGCCUUGACAUGAGCAGCUGCCAGUGCGCCUGUUCCCCGGGAUAUACCGGCAGGUACUGCCAAGUGAGAUGCAGCGGGCAGUGCCUCCACGGCAAGUUCAGGAAGGAGGAGUGCUCCUGCCUCUGCGACGUGGGAUAUGGUGGCGCCGAGUGUGGCACGAAGAUUCAGUUCCCCUUCCACACAUGUGAUGUGCAGAUAGAUGGCAACUGUUUCAUGGUGUCAUCAGAGGCCGACACCUAUUACGGAGCCAAACUAAAGUGUCAAGAGAAAGGGGCGAUGUUGGCCCAGAUCAGAAACCAGAAGGUCCAGGACAUUCUUGCUUUCUACCUCAGCCGCUUGGAGAUGGGUAACAGGGUGGCAGACACCGAUUUUGAGACUGGGAACUUCUGGAUCGGUCUCACCUACAAGACAUCUAAGACUUCUUUCCGCUGGGAUGUGGGUGAGCCAUCCUCCUUCACCAGCUUCGCUUUUGGGCAACCAAGGGUAAGCGGGUUUGGGAACUGUGUGGAAAUGCAAGCGUUGUCUGCUUUCAACUGGAAUGAUCAGCACUGCAAAACCCGGAAUCAGUACAUCUGCCAGUUUGCCCAAGAGCACAUCUCCCUGUGGCAACAGGACCCCUGA